AUGGAGGGCAACCCCGCAGAGCACGAUGAGGUCGUGUCUCAAUUCUGUGCUAUGACAGGAACCCAACCCUCAGAGGCUCAGGAAUAUCUCACUGCCAACGGAUGGGACAUGGAAGCCGCCGUGACGGAGUUCUUCGCGGAGCAGGACGAGGCAAUGCAAGACACUAACACCGGUGGCGCUCAACAACUGGGUGCAGAGAGUAGAUCUGGAGCUCCUGGAGGGAGAACUCUUGGUGGAAGUGCUGCACCAGCUUCAUCUUCUGCCGCCGCGGAGUCUUCGUCAUCCGCCCGAAGCGCUGCUCCGAAAAAGAAAUUUGCAACUUUAGGAGACUUUUCUCAGGGAGCAGCUGCCGAUUCUUCAGAUGACGAUGAUGACAAUGAUCAGGAUUUCUUUGCGGGAGGUGAGAAGUCUGGAUUGGCCGUUCAGAACCCUGACGACUUGAAGAAGAAGAUCCUCGAAAAGGCCCGCAGGGCGCAACCUCCUCCUUCUGACGACCCCGAGCCGAGGGAAUCACAUUUUACUGGCACCGCCCGCACGCUUGGUGGCGACGAUGCACCGAGCCGGGUGAUUGAAAACCCAUCUGCCCCUGCUCCACGGCGUGCCCAGCGUGUCCAACGCACCCUUCACUUCUGGGCCGAUGGAUUCUCAGUUGAUGACGGUGAACUGUUCCGAUCGGACGAUCCCCGGAACGCAGAGAUCCUCGAUGGCAUCCGCCAGGGCCGCGCUCCUCUCUCCAUCAUGAAUGUUGAGCCUGGCCAGGAGGUUGAUGUGGAACUCAAACAGCACGAAGAGAAAUACAUCAAGCCCAAGCCCCAAUAUAAGCCAUUUUCCGGUGCGGGACAGCGCCUUGGAAGCCCGACGCCUGGCAUCCGAAGCCAAGCCCCCACCCCUUCUUCUUCUACGCCUGAAGCAUCUGCCCAGGAGCCCGCCAAACCCACUGUGGACGAGUCGCAACCUACCGUUACCCUACAAAUUCGCCUGGGAGAUGGUACGAGGUUGUCAUCUCGGUUCAACACCACCGCCACUAUUGGCGACGUCUACUCAUUUGUUACCGCCUCUUCACCCAGCGCCGCAAACCGCGCAUGGGUUUUGAUGACUACUUUCCCCAGCACAGAGCUGAAGGAUCGGGAGGUCGUCCUCGGAGACAUGCCCGAGUUCAAGCGCGGAGGUGUUGUCGUCCAGAAAUGGCAGUGA